UUCUUCUUUUCUGAUUCACGAAUGUAGGCCAUUUCAACCAACAGUAGAGAGAGAUAGAGAGAAAAGAAACCAUUUUUUAGUUUCAAGAAAAACAAGAAAGAAAGAGAGAAAAAGAGAGACCCAAUUAGAUUUAGAUCUCCCCCCAUGAAUUGAUUAUCGAUUUGUCAAAAUGGGUUUUUCAUUGAAACCCUUUUGCCUCCUCUUUCUUCUAUUCUUCUUCACGAUUAAUGCAUCUGAUUAUACAACUUUGAUUUACAAAGGCUGUGGAAAACAACCCUUAUCAGAUCCAACCGGACUUUAUUCACAAGCAAUCUCAUCUCUUUACGGUACCCUAGUUUCCCAAUCUUCAAAAGCCAAAUUCUUCCAAGCCACAACUGGAAACAAACAAUCCGCCAUUAAUGGAGUUUUCCAAUGCAGAGGUGACUUAAGUAAUGUCGAUUGCUACAACUGUGUAAGCCGUCUCCCAAUCCUAAUCGACAAACUAUGCGACGGUUUUCCAGUGGCAGCAAGAAUCCAACUCGUCGGUUGCUAUAUGCUCUACGAAGCUUCUGGGUUUCCUCAAGUAUCAGGAUUGGAAUUACUUUACAAGACUUGCAGUGGGAGUAACAAACAAGGAAGUGGGUUUGAAGAGAAAAGGGAUACUGCUCUGUAUUCACUUGAGAAUGGGAUAAUAAGCAGUGGAAAUGGUGGGUUUUAUGUUACAAGCUAUGAAUCAGUUUAUGUAUUGGCACAAUGUGAAGGGACGUUAGGGAAUGGAGAUUGUGGAGAGUGUGUGAAGAGUGCUGUGCAGAGAGCUCAAGUUGAAUGUGGAAGCUCUGUUUCAGGACAGGUUUAUCUUGAUAAGUGUUUUAUUAGUUAUAAUUAUGGGUCUUCUAAGAAUCGACCGUCAGCAGCAGCAGCAUCUGAUUCUUCAUUUCCUACUCCAUCUUCUUCAUCGUCUUCAUCUAAUUCUUUCUCCUCAGGGCCAGGCCAAAACGUCAAUACAGGGAAGACAGUGGCUAUAAUACUUGGAGGUGCAACAGGAUUGGGAUUUGUAGUGAUUUGUUUGCUUGUGAUUAGGAAUUCAAUGAAGAAACAUGACCAUUAUUGAGGACAUACGGAAGGAAGGAAGAAGAAGAAGAUAGGGUUUGGAUUGAAAUUUUGGGAUGAAUGAAUGAAUGAUAAGAUCAAUCAGUCAAUUUUGGUGUCUUUUUCUUUCACGUUUCCAUGUGGGUUGCUGCCUGUCUCUUUCUCUCUUUUUCCACCGUUUUAACUUUAAUAAUUAUUAUUUUUUUCUUUCUUUCUCU